AUGGAUCAGACGGAAAUCCUGCACACGAUCUCAACGCUAAAUGGCCACUGGGUUCGGGCGGAGCGCCGUGUAGCCAAGUACCAGCAGGAACUGGCAACGGUACGACAAUCGGUCGCACAGACCAACAGUGAGAUGGAGGAGAUUGUGAAAGUGGCAGAGAUUCUUUACGAGACGAAUCGAAGAAUGGGCGCUGUGAUGGACUAUCUCCUUGAACAGGAGGCUCUUAAGGAGAGCGGCGAAGAGCCUAAAUCAUUCGACGCCAUGUUCGGCUGGGUGGUGGCACAAGUCGAACAGUCAUCCAACGCUGAAGCUAAAGACGGAGCUGUCGCCGCUGGGGAAGCCGUGGCUGGAGCCAGUAGACUGGUGGCAAUGAGCAAUGCAAGCAUGUGA